AUGAUAAUUCAAGGAACAACAGGAACAGGAAAGUCUUACCUAAUUGGUGUGAUUAGUGAAAGUCUUAAAAGUGUGGCAAUGCUUAAUCAAUCUCCCCUUCUACUGCUUGCACCGACUGGAGUAGCAGCAUUCAACAUAGGAGCAUCGACUAUUCAUUCCAAGUUGAGAAUUCCAAUAAAAGAUUUUGCUCAAUUAGAAGGAACAAGGCUAACAACUUUCCAAGAAGAACUAUCACAUGUGAAGUAUAUAUUGAUUGAUGAAAUGAGCUUCAUUGGAGAGAAUUUACUUGAGAACAUCGAUUCCUGUCUUCAUCAAGCAUUCCCACAAAAUUCUGAUCUAAUGUUUGCAGGUAUUUCAAUCAUUUUAGUUGGAGACCUGGGUCAGCUGCCUCCCAUCAAAGACAAACUGGCAUAUGAGAGCAGCAGACAAGCAAAGAUUCUAUGGCAGGACUUAAAAAUUGUGGUUACCUUAGAAAAAAAUUUUAGACAAGAUGGAGAAGACAUUGAACAGAUUCAAUUUCGUCAAUUGUUGACAAACUUGAGAGAAGUGCAACCUACAAUUGAUGACUGGAAGUUGCUCAUGUCAAGAACAAGUAGUAAUAUGAGUUCAACAAUCAAUGAAGCCUUUGACAAUGAUGUUCAUUUGUUCUCCACAAAUGAUAAUGUUCAGAAUCAUAACAGGAAAAAAUUAUAUUCUCUCAAACAACCUAUUGCACGUAGCAUUGCCAAAAAACUUGGAACUAUUAAUGCAACCGAAGGAAGUUCUCAUGACGAGCUCGAUAUGGAGUUAUUGAUUAGCAAAAAUGCAAGAGUUAUGCUAACUUAUAAUCUAUGGAUUGAAGCGGGUCUUGUAAAUGGAGCAUUAGGUUAUAUUCAAAAGAUUGUAUACAAACCUGGAAGUAUGCCACCAGAACCACCAACAUAUGUAAUGGUUAAGUUUGAUAACUACUUUGGAUUUCCGUUCGAUGAUCACAAUCCACAAACAGUUCCCAUCAGUAUAAGACAAAGAGGUUCUAUAGUUCAAAUACCAUUGAGACUGGCUUGGGCAUUAACAAUACACAAGUCGCAAGGUUUGACACUUGCAAAAGCCACAAUUGAUAUAGGACCAACUGAAAGAACAGGAAUGACAUUUGUAGUUGUAUCUUGUGUAAAGUCUUUGCAAGGAUUGAGAAUAUAA